AUGAACGGCCAACCUAUCCCUGGCUUCUACUGGGACCCAGAAAAGAAAAAGUACUUCAAGAUCCAGAGCGCGGCGGCAUCACGAGACCUUAACCUGAAGUACUCCGCCCAGAACAUCCGGAAGAAAGAGCGCGAUGAGCGUGUGCAGAAUGCCACAAGCGCGCGUAUUCAAAGAGCAAGGAAAGAACGAGUGGUCCGGACCGACGUCGACAACAUCACGCAAGCCUGUCUCGAGCGGGAGCUUGGCAUCCGGAGACGUUCAUUCUACGUGCAGAGCACAUGGCCCGAUGCUUGUAUGUAUGGCGUGUCCACGCGACCAAAGGUUAUUGUCGAAGGACCCCAGCAUACUCUCAUACGUUGCUUCGACCGCGAUCCGAUUUCGAAAACUUUGUACAUAGUGGAGGGCGACAACCGCAUAAAGCGACGACGGGUACAUAGAAAAGAUGGACCACCUUUGCCUAGCCGUGAUCUUGAAGACGACGGCUAUCUUGAGGAUCUUCCCAUCAAUGAGUACUCAUUCGAACCCUGGGACGAACUUCAGCGAACCACAUCUACGGUCUCGUCACUCAACUAUCUACCAGCAACUGGUGCCCUAGCUACGACUACCUAUGGCUCUGAUAGACCCCCAGUAGUAUAUCUGAGCGAUCCAGAAAGAGAUGGGCCUUACGUCGGUCAGCAAUUCACACCAAAAGGCUGCGCAACAAUCUGGGGUGCUGCAGCGCGACCGACAUCCUUCGAGCACUCUCCAAGCUUAACCAACACCAUAGCAGCCUCACACGUCGAGCACCUCGCCGUCGCAGCAUCAAAUUCCAUGCUAAUCUUCACACGUUCCCAAAGCGGGUCCUGGGCCUCAACAACCCCAGUGUCAUCCCUCGAAACAGACGUCCUAGCCGUGGACUGGAUCUCCUACACCACGACCGCCCUCGGCUGUCGCGACGGCAAAAUCCGCCUCUACGACGCCCGCUCCGGCGGCUCAAGCCACAUCCUCACGCACCCGCACCCCAUCGCCAAAAUCAAGCGCGCCGACGACCCAACCCGCCUCCUCGUCUCCGGCCUUCAAGAGAGCUUGUUCCUAUAUGACAUCCGCUUUCUCCAACGCACUAAAACCGCAGGUUCGAACGCGCACUACAAUCAAGAGUACAUGGAAACCCUCUACCCCGGCGGUCGAAACAGCUCAAAACGCCGCAAAAUGACCCGCGUCGCGCAAAGGCACUGGUCCAAUCCUAUCCUCACCAUCCCGCACUCCAACCUCGAUGAUCUCGAGCUGGACUUCGACGUCCAUCCUCGACUAGGCCUGGUGGCUGCGGCGCAGAAUUCGGAUUCGAAGAUCGCGGUGCGGGUGAGUAACUUGUGGACGGGCAAGAUUGUGAAGGAGUUUGAGAGAGAGAGAAGGCCGUUGCGUAAGGGAGGGCGGGAUGGGUGUGAGAGGAUUCGCACGGUGAAAUUCAUUGAUGAUGAGACCGAUGGGGGUGUGGUGUUGUGGACGGGGUGGAAAGGGGGAAUCGCGCGGUUUGCUUGGUGA